AUGGUGGAAUCCACGAGAUCCACAGUUACUUCGGAUCAGCUGGAGGAUGCUCUUACCAAGCUCACCACUCACAAAAUUUAUCUCACUCACACUAUUCAACAACUCAUGCACAAAAUCGAUGCUCUCAUUCAUCAUCUGCCGCAACCCGCACCACCUAGCCACUUCCCUUCUUCUUCUGCCAUCACCGCCUCCCAUGGCUACCUCUCCCUUUACUCCGACCAUGCUAGACCACAGCACCCACCAGUCCACCUCUUUCCGCCACCUUCCUCUUCCACUACCACCCCAUCUUCUUCCUUUGCAAAGGCACUCCUUGCACACACACCCAUGCCGACUCCACCGCUCAUGUUGACUCCGCCGCUCAUUCCGACUCCGACUCCGCCGCCCACGCCACCUCCACCUCCACUCCCCGCACUAAGGCAGCAACAUCCCACACCGGUGUCGGCCCCUCCUACCAUUGUUGUCAUCCCCCUCCUUGUUAACAGCAAGCCCCACGCGCCCUCCGACUGCCGUUAG